AUGAUUGCUUCAAGCGUAGUCAUUCUGCUGGCACCAGAUUCCGGUACACUGGCAGCAUUAGAUCUGUGUUACCGUGAUGAUCCUAAUACAUUCAAUCUUCUAACAGAUGCCUUGGCUAGUGCCGUAACAGUAUGUGCUUUCGCGCCUGAAUCUAGACGAUGUCAUCAAAUGCUACUGGUGAUGCAAGCAACGAUUCCCUAUUUUCUGAACCAAAUCGAACAGGAAACUGUGAAACAGGACAGUAGUGUAAGUGCUGUGAAACAUGAAAUAUCCAUUUAUACGACUUUGUGCGUUGAAAUGAAAGCUUUAGUGAAUUGCUGCGAAGUUUUGGCCAGAGGACCUACAAGAACUUUUGAUAUCGUAAAUAGUGUUAGCGAUCGUGGAAAAUCAUUUAUCGCAGAUUCGCCUCAAUUUUUCGAUCCACCGACUGUGAUAGAGGAUGAAACAAAAUUGCAUUAUUCGGGUGUGAAAGAUAAAAAGAGUGUUGCUGGAUGGGAUGCAAUGGAUAAUUCUGAAGUUCAACGGGAAACAUUCCGUCGUUCACGAGACGCACUAUUGGUACUCACUGCCACUUUCAUAGAAAAAGCAGGUCCACGUUUGAAGGAGCUUACAAAGUUAGCUUCCAAUAUUGAACAUAUUAAGAUUCCUGAAUUAUUCGAUCACAAAUGUUAUGCGAAAUUAAGCGAAGUCGCUUUAGCAUUGUUGAAAAUCGCUCCUUAUGACGUGAACACUAUGGCUUGCCUUGGAUUACAAAAAUACUUCGCAGUGAUUUUAUUAGUGACUGACUGGUCCGUUGAAGGUAAUCGAUCUACAUUAAACUUUAUUUUACGCCGUCUUGAUAAAACUGUCCAAAAAAUUGCCAAGAAAAUUGUGCUAAGACGCCGUACUAACUGGCCAGCACUAACAUGUUGGCUGAACGGGUUGCAUCAGACUUUGGUUGCAUAUCCUUAUAUUGCGCAUUUGCAUCCUUUAAAAACAACAACGCAAAUGUGCUUACGCAUAGUGAUUGGUGACCCAUGUACCGAUGAUGUGUCUACCCAGUCGAACAUUGCUGUUUCGACCGUACUGCAUAGCUCAUGUCCACCACAACCUUUCUGCAAUACAGUACUCAAACUUGCAUCAUUUCUAAUGCAAACUCUUGGCUCGACAGUGUUUUCAUUAGAGUACUUGUGCAGCACGGAAGCAAUUGGCCCAACCGCUGAUCGACUCGAAGUUGUUCUCUGUCAGAUUCUGAUUCCACUGUUUCUUCGGGCUGCAGUUUUCAAGAAAGAAAGUCCGCAAUUUCAAAUUAAAGACUUGAUAUUUUGCUUGAAUUUGUUGCAAAACUCUGUAAAUCCACCGUUGGCAAAACAAAGUUUGGCUCCUGUAAUGAGCUCAAAUUUGGCAUCCACAUUAAUGCGAGGAUCCAAUGUUCAUGAUGUUAGCGGUCGACAAGGUUCAGUUUCUGUUACGGAACGUGGACACUCAGCUACUGUCUCAACAUACCGUAUCGUACGUGAAACAGUUUGUCAAGCUGUGUUUUUAGCUCUUAAAGUGAUGAUCAUUGCGUUCGAGAAGCAAAUGACGUCACUCUGGUCAAGAGUGUUGCGAAUUGUUCGUGAUCUGCUAGCAAAAAAAGUCGGUGGCGCUGCUUUAUUUUCCUUUCUGGACUUCAUUAUUGAUGUCAACUUACCAAUAUCACUGAUCGUUUUACCUUUGUUACAAAGCAAGGUGACUCAGAAAGCAUCUACAGAGCAGGAAGCCAUGUGGCAAGGGGAAUUUAAGGAACGUUUGCAUCGGUUAGGGGGUACCUCUGCUGUUGUGAUUCGAGGUUAUGGAGCAUUGUUAUCCGAACUAUCUCAAGAGUUGCAGGCUAUGAAGGAAGACUUUACAGCUAGAGCUUUUGACCUAACUUCGUCUCAUACACCAACAAUUGUAGAUUUACACAGUGAUUCGGGUAGUAUGCAAAGCACUGUAGGCCAUCGUCUCUCGUACUCGCGUGUAGCGAGCAACGAGACACGACGUCCGUCCACUACCACACUUACAAAACCUAGUCGAAUGAUCACUACAAAUCGUAAAGAUUCUCUAAACGAUGGAACUAUUGUUGAGGAUACUGAAGAUGAUAAUUUCCAGAUUCUGUCAACCACUAUCAAUUCUGAGAUAAGUACUUUAACUGGUUAG